UUUCAUAACAUUACAUGUAUAAAUAAGAGCCUGUAGGCACACGCACACACACACGCUUCCUCUCUUCACAGCCUGAAGUUACAGCUAUCGACAACAUGAUUUGCCUGACAGGGGUGACCGUGCUGCUCUUUGCAUUGACUGUAGAUGCAAGAGUCGGUGAAUCCACUAGUGACAGUUUCUGCACUGAGACAAAAGAGUGCUUGCUGUAUGACUUGGUGUGUGCCGGAAAGGACUAUGAGGUACGUCACUAUGGUGCCGUUAAGUGGGUGACCGCAGAAGCUGAAUCCCUUUUCAUGGACAUUGCGAUUCCAAGAGCGUUCAGGAAACUUUUUAAAUACAUCACCGGAGAAAAUGAGGCUGGGGCCAAGAUUGACAUGACAGCACCAGUCAUCAUUAAAGUCAAUUCGAGUGUGACCAUGUUCCAGUCCUCAGUCUAUGUCCUCAGCUUCCUCCUGCCCUCCGCCUACCAGGCCAACCCACCCAAACCUACGGAUCCAUCUAUAUACUUCACAGACACUCCGGAUAUGAACGUGUACGUCAGAAGCUACGGGGGCUGGAUGAUAUCAGCCGUGGCCAAAUCACAGUCUAAGAGUCUAAAGACAUCGCUGGACAGUGUACAGGCUACAUAUGAGACAGAGUAUUAUUACAAUGUCGGCUUUAACAGCCCAAUGAAGAUUAUGAACAGACACAAUGAGGUUUGGUAUAUUGCUAAGGGUGAGCCUGUGUGUCCUAAGAGUGAAUAAUUUCUCCGAGGCUCCUCUCUAACAAGAGCAACAGAGAACAGAUCUGUAUUACUCCUGAGUGCUACAGUCCUAACAAACUAGAUUACCUUCUUUCUUUUUUUUAUAUGUACUUUGUACUAUAGGAUUU